GAGGUGGGCGUGGCUAAGGGCUGCGCGCCCCGGCCGGCGCGAAGCGAAGGGGAGGGGGGGAGUCUCUCCUGUCAGCAGCGCGGGCGGGUGGGUCCCUGAGGCGCGCGCGCUUUGCCUGGAUGGCGGAAGGCGCGCGAGGCGCAGGAGUUCCGGCGGUCGCGUGAAGCCCCCGCCGGCGCCUUUCAGGUGUCACAGGGCUCUUUGCUGUCUCUGGAGAAAGUAGAUGUUUACCCAGGGCCCUGGAGAAGAAUCAGAAAACAAAAGUGCUUGGGAGCAAAGAAGGGAACACUCCUAUGAGGACAGCACAAACAGCAUGAUGGAUUCAGAAGACCUUGUUCUAAAAAAGUCAAAAACAGACCAAAUCAGUCACCGGAUUGUAAAAGUUGGCUCAGGCAAACAUUACAUUUGUGGUUAUUGUGCCGCUAUAACAAACGUUACCGUCACCUUCCCCAUCCAGAAAGUCCUCUUUCGGCAGCAAUUGUACGGCAUCCGCACCAGGGAUGCCAUCAGCCAGCUGCAGAAGGAUGGCCUCAGGAAUCUGUAUCGAGGAAUCCUCCCUCCACUGAUGCAGAAGAGCACGACCCUGGCAUUAAUGUUUGGCCUGUACGAGGACUUGUCUUCCAUACUCCUAAGGCACAUGAGUGCCCCUGAGAUUUUGACCCGGAGCUUAGCAGCGGUGCUUGCUGGCACCACAGAAGCUGUCCUGACCCCUUUUGAGCGCGUCCAGACACUUCUCCAGGACUACAAACAUCACGACAAAUUUACAAACACUUUCCAAGCGUUCAGGCUCCUCAGAGAGCACGGGGUCCGGGAAUACUACCGAGGUCUGGUGCCCAUCCUCCUUCGGAAUGGCCCUAGCAACGCCCUUUUCUUUGGCCUGAGGGGACCCAUCAAACAGUGCUUGCCAGAAGCCACGACGUACAGUACUCAUUUGAUCAAUGAUUUUAUCUGUGGAGGGGUGUUGGGAGCUAUGCUGGGAUUCCUGUUUUUCCCAUUGAACGUUGUCAAAGCCCGCAUGCAGUCGCAAAUUGGUGGGGAAUUCCAGUCUUUUUCUAAGGUCUUCAUGAAGAUCUGGUUGGAGCGUGACAGGAAAGUGACACAUCUCUUUCGCGGCGCCCAUCUGAAUUAUCAUCGCUCCCUAAUUUCCUGGGGCAUAAUCAAUGCAACAUAUGAAUUUUUGCUCAAAUUACUAUGAAAGAUUUUACUGCUUGGGGUUUUUUUCCCCCCCUCAGGUGGGCAUCAGAGCAAUUUCCAGGGAGUAAUUAUACUUCAACUGGUAACACUGGACUCCAUUAACACUUGGAAGCAUAAUUGCAAAAUAAUUCUUCUUUAGUAGGCAAAGGUGUCAUUUAUUUUAAUCAGUGCGUGCUUUCCUCAAAGUAUCACUGAAUUCACUUGUAUUGAUGGCCUUUCAGUCUGUGGAUGUGUCAGCUGUACAGCUAAAAGAAUUGGCUGAAACAUAAGAUCAGAAGGUGGUUUCACCCAAAGCCUGGUAAACUGAAUUUUAUGUUAGCCUGUAAACGGUUUGUUCCAGAUCGCCUCCAGCUUUCCUCGACACUCCUAGUGACUCAAACAAUGCACUUUGAAGGAACGUGACUGGACAUAAGACUAAUAUUGAAUUUCUUUCUUAGGCCUUUGGUUGGAUGUUUUUACUGAGUGGGCCUUAAGUUUCCAUAAUGCUCAAAUCAUACAUGCAUUAAAAAAACUCAUUGGAAAGAGAUUGCCAAAUUUGGAAAAUAGUUCUAACAAAUAGGAUUCUGUGAAACGUCUUUAAUAGUUUUUGUUAGACUCUCGAUAUACAUUGCAUCUUGUCAAGGCUUAAUAUUAAAUGUCAGAAUUCACCCUGAACUCGGUGGUGGAUGUAUCUGUUUAAAAUUGAAAUAGCUGGUGGCCAAAGGGUUUAGGAUUGGAAAACAAAGUGUCCUUCAUAUUACACUGCCACACAAAUUUUCAAUGUGAAUGUGUGUUUGGUUCCCUUGCUGUUUUGGUGCAAGUGGAUAUGCUGAGUAGCAUGAGGAUUUUUAGUUUUAAGGAGUAUCGUUAAAAGUCACAACAGAUGCAAUCCGUCACAAAACUUAAAAGCAUUUUUGGAAACAUUUAAGUAGUGUAUGUACCCUUUUGAAAUUUAGCAGUGAUGUUAAGGAAGAUUUUAGUGCACCCAAACACAUACCUGGGAGUCUUCCUGGUGCCAUUUUUAGCUUAUUCCACACUGGUGAAAAGGCAUUUAUGGAAUUAUUUCACACUGUUCUGGCAUGUCAUUUAUUGGGGGAAUGGAGACCUGCCUUGCCUCCUUUAAUGUGAAGGGAUAUCUAUCCAAACAGGCCGGGUGUACGAAAUCUCUCAAUUUAUUUUCUCAGCAGUUCAAUUGUCUGUAGGGGAAAAGGACACAUUGUUUAUAGCCUAUAUCCAGACUGCCAACUGGUGUCAUAGUAGAUGUACAACUGCAUGGGUAUAACAGGAAGGAAAGGAAAAUUCGCAACCACAGCAUAGAGCUGACGUUCUGUGUGCAUUUAAUCAUGCUGACAAAUAUUUCUGUGUACAUAGGAAUUCAGGCAAAAAAAUGAAAUAUGGACAGGAACAACCCAAGUUCUUGUCGCUUAUCAAGGGAAGAGCAACUCUUGUAAUAAUGCUCAUUAUGGAAUUGGCAUUUUUGGUAAUUUUAAAAUCUAUAAAUAAGUGUUAAUAUUUUCUUAUUUGUCAUGUACAGAAAAGCUUUUCCAAACCAAUAUGAUGAUCCUUCAAUUGUUAGAGUGGGUUUUUUUCAAAGUGUAAUUGACUUUUCAGCAGUAAAAUGGUCUGAUUUUUAUUUUACCUUGCCUAUGGUUUACCUGAAAAAUUACUCCAAAGCAUCCAUUAAUUGUAGUCUGCCUUCACUCAUUUCUUGAUACUUAUACAGUGCUCGUAUAUGCUAUGUAGUCCCACAGUCAUAUUGCCAAGCACAAAAUGCAAGAAUGUUUGAUAUUUUGAAUGUUGUAACUAUAUACAUUUCAAUAAAAUGUCUGUUGAAUGUUAAGCUGGUAAAAUUGGGUUUUACCAGUGGGGUUUUUUUGUAAGUUGCUUUGAAGGAAUAAACAAAGUAAAUUUCA